AUGGUUAUUGAAGAUACUCCUCCAAACUCUCCAGGUGAUAAUCCUCCCCCAUCUCCACCUUCAUCAUCAAAUCAUCCACCACCACCUCCUCCACCAUCUCAUCCUCCUCUUCACACUCCUUCACCUCCUCUUGGAUCUCCUACCCAAUCUAAUGCUAUCAAAAAUAGGGAGAAUAUUCAAGAGAUCCUUGAUCAACAAAUGCAAAUGGUGGCAAUUGCAUCACCUCCAUCUCAACCUAAGAUGUCUGGAUCAGGAAGGGUUGAAGUUUAUUAUCAAAAGGAAAUCGUUGUUGUUGUAAAAGUGAGCAAAAUUCCAGAUGCUAAUGCAACAAUAGAUGAUCAACCUAUCCCAUACGUUGGUGAUCAAUCAGAAAUUGAUGACUAUGGAGGGUUUCUUGAUCCGGGAUUAAUGCCAAAAGUUAUUGUUCCCGCUGUUCCUCUGAGUGUUGUUUUUCCUGAUUCAUACUUUGAUGGGGACAUUCCUCAAGGAACUAAUAGCAACAUAGAGUGUGAUGAUGAUCACCUCAAUCCUUAA